AAGACCGUUUGUGACUUUCUUUCAGUGCUUAUUUAGCUCCCAAUUUCUUCAAACAAACAUCAACUUUUUCUCUCUUUGUCGUUUUCUUCUUCUCUUCUCUACUCAUCCGAUGGAAGAAGAAGCUACUCGUGCGGCGGCGAACCGGGUUGAACCGGGUUCGGACAUUGUGAGAGUGGAGAUUGAUACUUCGGCGCCAUUUGAGUCGGUGAAAGAGGCGGUGACUCGAUUCGGCGGUCUAGGUUACUGGAAGCCUGUUCUCAGUACCACUCAUAAUCAUAGUAGCCUCAUUGCUUCUCAGGAGCGGCUUCACAAGGAAGAGCUUGACACUGGAAAACUGGAGGAGCAAGCUGGUGCACUGGAGAAAGAACUGAUCCUGAAAGAAAGGGAAACUCUUGAUGUCUUGAAAGAGCUGGAAAGUACCAAAAAGCUUGUGGAAAAUCUGAAAUCAAAGCUACAAGAAUCCGAAGCGAAUUUGAACAGUAAGAUGACUUUAUGUGAUAAUAAGGAGAAUGAGAAUGUACAUGAAAAGGAAAACCAUGUGAGUCAUGUUCUUCAGCCUUCGAAUGAAGGUUGUAUUCCCAACCCUUCAACGGCUCCGGGCUUAAUCUUAAUGGAAUUGAAGAAGGCAAAAUUGAAUCUGAACAGAACUACAAAUGAUAUUGCUGAGGUUCGAGCUUCUGUCGAAUCACUCAACAACAAGCUAGAGAAGGAAAGGAUCUCACUUGGGAAAACUCGCGAGAGGUUAACUCAGAAUUGUUCAAAAAUGACUUCUCUAGAGGAAGAGCUAAACCAGACCAGACAGAAACUGCAAGUGGCCAAAGAUGCUGAGAUCAAAGUUGAUCUAGAUGAUGAUCCUUCAGAUAUUGCAAGAGAGCUCCAGCGAUUGAGUUCCGAGGCAGAGCAUUUCAAGAAAAUGGGAGAAGCUGCAAAAUCAGAAGUUCUGAGAGCAAUGUCUGAGAUUGAACACACCAAAGCUAUGAUAAGAACUGCUGAAAUCAGAUUAGUUGCUGCCAGGAAAAUGAAGGAAGCUGCUAGAGCUGCAGAAGCUUCAGCUCUUGAAGAAAUCAAAAUUUUAUCUCAUCAUGAGAGAGAUUGUGAUGGGGUUACUCUUUCCUUUGAAGAGUACACUGCUCUGACCUACAAAGCCCACGAAGCCGAGGAAUGCUCUAAGAAGAGAGUCUUUGAUGCUAUGCUUCAAGUUGAUGAGGCAAAUUUAUCAAAACUUGACAUUUUGAAAAGGGUAGAGGAAGCUGCAGAAGAAGUUAAAUUCAGCAAGAAGGCCCUUGAAGAAGCUUUGGAAAAAGUAGAGGCUGCAAAUAGAGGAAAGUUUGCGGUGGAGGAGGCUCUAAGGAACUGGCGUUCCGACAGUCACAGGAGGCGUUCUUCGAUACAUUAUUCUAUGAAGUUCAAAAAUUCUCACCCUUCUCACCGGCGAAGAGAUUCGAGAUCACUUGAUGUGAGUGAGAUGAAUCUGGUUAAUGAUGAAGGCAGGACAGUUCUGCAGCCAACGCUGUCGAUCGGGCAAAUAUUGAGCAGGAAGCUGAUGGUGCCAGGAGAGUUUGAAACUGGGAUGAUGCUUAGAGGAAGAAGCUCGGUGAAGCGGAAGGUGUCAUUGGCUCAGAUGCUUGGCAAGCAAAUCAAUGAUCCAUACUAUGAGAGGCAAGCUGAGAAAGAGAAUGGUCAGAAGCAGUUCUGUGCAAAGAGGAAGAAGUUUGGAUUUGGUCGAUUCUCCAUUCUUCUGACAAAACAACAAAAGAAGAAGCAACCAACAUUGAACUUGAGGUGAUGGCUGGGCUUCCUUGAUGAUCAUUUUGCUCUUGCAUCUAAUGCUGACAAGAAUGAGACUCUAAUUGCUUCUUCUAUCUCUUCAGAUAUGAUAUCUUUCUCUUAUUGAGCCCGUUUGUUUAGAUUCUUGUUUGUUGUUUUACCUUAUUUUAUUUAUGGUCCUUGCUUGUAUACUAAGUAGUGGUUUGUCUGUGCAUGCUAUGCUAUACUUGUAGAGAUUAUUUAUAUGAAUUUAACUCUUGUAAUUUAUGAAUUUCAUAUGUUUAUUUUACUCUUUCUACAA